UUCCAGCCCAGCUCAUCGGCCGGUCAGUCACUGGGUGUUGACUCUGCACAUUCCUCCGCAGCCGGGCCUGCCGCUGCCAGCCAUUAACCGGGGCUGGCACGCUGCUGUCCCUGCUCUGGGGCCGCCGUGCUGGGCUCCAGCUCCUGAUAACUUUGGGGAUAUCACGUCAGGAGGUGGGAGAGGUGACCCUGCGUGACUGGUAGCACUCGGGGACAGGGGCGUGGAUUAACGCUGGCCCUGGCUUCGCGUGGGGAUAAAAGCAUCGAAGUCUGCCCAGGUCUCAGCCCGUCUCGGCUCUCCCCAGGCAGCUCUGGCUCCCAUCCCGUGCCCGCCAGCGCCAUGGCAUCAGGGUGGCCCUGCUGGGUCCUCCUGCUGCUUCUGCCUGCCCUGACCUGCACUGGGGCACCUGGCCCUGUCCUUGUCAACCGCCCCUUCAUCACCGUCUGGAACAUCCCCACUGAGCACUGCACCAAGAAAUACAAUGUCACCCUCAACCUGGAGAUCUUCGAUGUGUUGGCCAACGACCAGCAGUCCUUCAUUGGGCAGGACAUCACCCUCUUCUACACCAAGGAGUUGGGACUCCUCCCCUACUACACAUCCAACGGGUUGCCAGUGAACGGGGGGCUCCCCCAAAAUGCCAGCCUGGAGGCCCACCUCCACCAGGCCACCCAGGACAUCAAGGUUACCCUGCCCAACCCUGCCUACAGGGGGCUGGCUGUCAUCGACUGGGAGAAGUGGCGCCCGCUGUGGGUCCGCAACUGGGCCUCCAUGGACAUCUACCAGCAUAAGUCAGAGGAUCUGGUGUGGCAGCAGCACCCGCAAUGGCCCCCCAAGCUGGUGAAGGAGACAGCCAAGAAGCAGUUUGAGCAGAGCGCCCGCAACUUCAUGGAGCAAACCCUGCAACUGGGUGAGACCCUCCGUUCCGAUGGUUACUGGGGUUUCUAUGGCUUCCCCAACUGCUACAACAAUGACUUCAACAGCCUGCCCUACACUGGGAGGUGCCCGGUGGUAGAGCAGCAAAGGAACAAGGAGCUGCAGUGGCUCUGGGAGAGCAGCCGGGCGCUCUACCCCAGCAUCUACCUGUCCCCCCAAUUCAACGGCACCAACAAGGCGCUCCCCUAUGUUCGGCACCGUGUGGCUGAGGCUUUUGCUGUCCAGCGCGGUGUCCUUGACAGUGGCAUCCCUGUCCUGCCCUACUCCCAGAUCGCCUUUGACCGCACCAUUGACUUCCUCUCCCAGGAGGACCUGAUGAACACCAUCGGGGAGAGCGCUGCUCAGGGUGCUGCCGGCAUCAUCCUCUGGGGCAGCCUCAACUACAGCACCUCCAAGGAGAUGUGCCUGAGGCUGAAGAAGUAUGUGGAGGGGCCCCUGGGCCACUACAUUGUCAACGUGACGGCCAGUGCUGACCUGUGCAGCCAGAGCCUAUGCUCCGGUCAGGGCCGCUGUGUGCGUCGGGAGAACAAGCAGGGCUUCCUCCACCUCGACCCCUUCCGCUUUGCCAUCGACCUGCAAGUGGGCAGGCCCUGGCUGGUGGCCCAGAGCCUGGAGCCUGAUGACGACGUCGCCCGGCUGGCGGAGGAGUUCAGCUGCCAGUGCUACAACGAGUGGCAGGGGCCCCACUGUGACACCCAGGGCUUCGCUGAGUGACACCCCCGCGAGACCAUGCCAGGGACACUGGUGUGGGCAGGGUGACACCACCCCAUACCCUUACUGUGCAGUUGGGACCCCCACUAUGGGGCUGCUAAUAAAACUGGUAGGUGCCUGCAA